GCUCCGGGCUCCGGGCUCCGGGUUCCGGGCUCGGGGCUCCGCGUUCCGCGUUCCGGGCGCGAGUCGGGCGCUAUGGCGGCGCGUCCGGGCGCUGGGGGCUGAGGCGGCGCGCGCUGCACGCGGGUCCCGCGGCCGAUCGGGGUCGCGGGCGGUUGGCCGAGCGGCGCCAUGGCCGACGAGCCCCCCCGGAAGGGUCCCUGCUCGGCGCUGGGCGGCCACACCAACGGGCUGUCCAAGCUGGCGGCCGCCGUGUCCUCCGCGCCCGGAGGCUCCAGGAAGCUGGUCAUCAAGAACUUCCGCGACCGGCCGCAGCUGCCCGACAACUACACUCAGGACACCUGGCAGAAGCUGCGCGAGGCCGUGGGCGCCAUCCAGAGCAGCACCUCCAUCAGGUACAACCUGGAGGAGCUCUACCAGGCUGUGGAAAACCUCUGUUCUCACAAAGUCUCCCCGACGCUCUACAAGCAGCUCCGCCAGGUCUGUGAGGAUCACGUCCGGGGCCAGAUCCUCCCGUUCCGGGAAGACUCUCUGGACCGAGUUCUUUUCCUGAAGAAGAUCAACACGUGUUGGCAGGACCACUGCAGGCAGAUGAUCAUGAUCAGAAGCAUCUUCUUGUUCCUGGACCGCACCUACGUGCUGCACAACUCCACACUGCCCUCCCUGUGGGACAUGGGCCUGGAGCUGUUCAGGAACCACAUCAUCAGCGACCGGGCCGUGCAGGCCAAGACCAUCGACGGCAUCCUGCUGCUGAUCGCGCGUGAGCGGGCGGGGGAGGCCGUGGACCGCAGCCUGCUGCGUGGCCUGCUCAGCAUGCUGUCCGACCUACAGGUGUACAAAGAGUCUUUUGAAGUGAAGUUUCUGGAAGAAACAAACUGCUUGUAUGCUGCAGAAGGCCAGAGGCUGAUGCAGGAGAGAGAGGUUCCAGAGUACCUGAGCCACGUGAGCAAACGGCUGGAGGAGGAGGGCGACCGGGUGAUCACGUACUUGGACCACAGCACGCAGAAGCCCCUCAUCGCCUGUGUGGAGAAGCAGCUCCUGGGAGAGCACCUCACGGCCAUCCUGCAGAAAGGGCUCGACCAGCUGCUGGAGGAGAACAGGGUGCCCGACCUCACGCAGCUGUUCCAGCUGUUCAGUCGUGUGAAGGGCGGCCAGCAGGCACUACUGCAGCACUGGAGCGAGUAUAUCAAGACCUUCGGCACGACGCUGGUCAUCGACCCCGAGAAGGACAAGGACAUGGUGCAGGACCUGCUGGACUUCAAGGACCGCGUGGACCAGGUGAUCGACGUGUGUUUCCAGAGGAGCGAGAGGUUCGUCAACCUCACGAAGGAGUCCUUCGAGACUUUCAUCAACAAGAGGCCCAACAAGCCCGCCGAGCUCAUCGCCAAGCACGUGGACUCCAAGCUGAGAGCCGGCAACAAGGAGGCCACGGACGAGGAGCUGGAGCGGAUCCUGGACAAGAUCAUGAUCCUCUUCCGGUUCAUCCACGGCAAAGACGUCUUUGAGGCGUUUUAUAAGAAAGAUCUGGCAAAAAGACUCCUGGUCGGGAAAAGUGCCUCUGUCGAUGCUGAGAAGUCCAUGUUGUCCAAACUCAAGCACGAGUGUGGAGCGGCCUUCACCAGCAAGCUGGAGGGAAUGUUCAAGGACAUGGAGCUCUCCAAGGACGUCAUGGUCCACUUCAAGCAGUACGUGCAGAACCAGAGCAACCCGGGCAGCAUCGACCUGACCGUCAACAUCCUCACCAUGGGCUACUGGCCCACUUACACACCCAUGGAGGUGCACCUGCCGCCCGAGAUGGUCAAACUCCAGGAGGUCUUUAAGACGUUCUAUCUCGGGAAGCACAGCGGCCGGAAGCUGCAGUGGCAGACCACCUUGGGCCACGCCGUGCUGAAGGCAGAGUUCAAGGAAGGGAAGAAGGAGUUCCAGGUGUCCCUGCUCCAGACGCUGGUGCUGCUCAUGUUCAACGAAGGCGACGGCUUCAGCCUGGAGGAGAUCAAGAUGGCCACCGGCAUAGAGGACGGUGAGCUGCGCCGGACGCUGCAGUCCCUGGCCUGCGGGAAGGCGCGCGUGCUGCUCAAGGCCCCCAAGGGCAAGGAGGUGGAGGACGGCGACAGGUUCCUCUUCAACGCGGACUUCAGGCACAAGCUGUUCCGGAUCAAGAUCAACCAGGUCCAGAUGAAGGAGACGGCGGAGGAGCAGGUGAGCACCACGGAGCGCGUGUUCCAGGACCGCCAGUACCAGAUCGACGCCGCCAUCGUGCGCAUCAUGAAGAUGCGGAAGACGCUCAGCCACAGCCUGCUGGUCUCGGAGCUGUACAGCCAGCUCAGGUUCCCGGUCAAGCCUGGCGACCUGAAGAAGAGGAUCGAGUCUCUGAUAGACAGAGACUACGUGGAGCGGGACAAGGACAACCCCAACCAGUACCACUACGUGGCCUGACGCCCGGCGCCGGCCUCUCGAGACCGGGACUGCCCCUCCGUUCCGGGACGCUCUGAGCCGCCGGCACGCCGGCCGGGACGACCGUCUCCCGUCGGACGCCUGCCCCCUCGGGUGGCCCCGGC